AUGAAAUUAUUUUCGAUCGUCAGUCUUAUUCUCACGCUAUCUGAGGGCAAAUUAGCAUUAGCAGUUCUGAAAAAAUCACCAGCUUCCGCUGCAGGCGAUUUUAAAAAUCUCAUACGACGCGGCCAUGCAGCCUCUCGACCUGAAUACCGACCAUAUACAUCAGAAUUCAAAAUGAACUAUAUCGGAUUUAGCUGUGACAGGAGGAUAUAUUUGUUAUCUUACAUAGAGAAUGUUGCCCGAACAGGUAUGCAUAAUCUAUUCAAUGGGGAGCAGGAUAAAGGUAGUGUGAAAAUUGGCCUUGAACAUACCAGCAUCUAUCACAAAUUGUACAAAAACCAGAAAGAAUCAGAGGAUAAGCCCUAUUUCAUUCAUCAAAUUCCGGCAAUUUGGUAUGACGAAGAAGAUGUUGUGUCAGAACCUGACUUUGUCGUUUCUGCCACAGAUGGUACUGUUAUAAGUGUAAUAACAUUGAAGGAGGAUGUAAAUUAUCACAAAUGUAUACCAAUAAAAAUGGAAUCCCAGGAGAAACCGACAUUGAUAACCAGCAAGAGCACCCAUUUCGAUGGAUGGGGAGUUUAUGGAGAAGAUUCGACUACGUGA